AUGAAGUUCACUGUUGCCUCUGCUGCCAUCGUUGCCUCUGCUGCUGCUACCGCCUCUAUCUCUUACGAGACUGAGUACGUCACCAGAAACCACACCACCGAGGUCACCAUCACCUCGUGCUCCAACCACGCUUGUGCUACCACCGUGGCUCCAGUCAUCGAGACCACCAUCACCAAGACCGUUGAGGGUGUGGAGACUGUGUACACCACCGUGUGCCCAUUGACUGAGACCGUUGUCACCACCACUGUUCAGGGUGUUGAGACCAUCUACACCACUGUGUGCCCAGUCACCGAGACUGAGACCACUCCAGCUGCUAAGCCAACCACCGAGGCCUCCACCCCUACUACUAAGGCUGCUGUCCCAACCACUGAGGCUUCCAAGCCAGCCGUUGAGGUUUCCACUGUCACUCCUGUGGCCACUUCUCCAACCACUCUCGCUGCUGAGUCUUCUAAGGUUGUCGUUCCUGAGUCUUCUGAGCUGGAUAUCUACGUUGACGAGACCACCACCCCAGUUGUCGUUGAGACCACUUCAGUUGCUGCUACUGUGACUGCUCAGUCAUCCUUCACCACUUACUACUCCUCUAGUCCUGCUGGUGUUUCCACUUUCGAGGGUGGUGCCAACAUGAACGUUGUUGGUGUUGCCGGUAUCGUCGGUGUUGUCGCUAUGAUGUUGUAA